AUGUGUGUCGAUUACACUGAUCUCAACAGAGCCUGCCCCAAGGACAGUUUCCCACUUCCGAAGAUAGAUCGACUCGUCGACUCAACAGCUGGGCAUGCCAUGAUGAGCUUCAUGGACGCCUACUCCGGAUUUCACCAGAUCUCUUUGUGGCCCGAAGAUCAGGAGAAGACGUCAUUUGUCACGGAGCAAGGAUUGUACUGCCACAAAGUAAUGCCAUUCAGUUUGAAAAAUGCCCCAGCCACCUUCCAACGGUUGGUGAACACGGUUUUUGCAAAGCAACUGGGGAGGAAUAUAGAAUCCUAUAUCGAUGAUAUGAUUGUAAAAAUCAAGCAAAAGAUGGAUCACCUCGACGACUUGCGGGAAACCUUUGAGACCCUCAGGACAUAUCAAAGGAGACUCAAUCCGAAGAAGUGCAUUUUCGGGGUAUCCUCUGGCAAGUUCCUUGGCUUCUUGAUUGAUGAAAGGGGCAUUGAGGCAAAUUCGGACAAGGUACAGGCCGUCAUUAAUAUGACGUCGCCAAAGACGGUCAAAGAUGUGCAACGCCUAACUGGAUGUCUUGCCGCCUUGGGACGAUUUUUGUCUAGAGCCGGAGAUAAGUGUCAUUACUUUUUCAGUACCAUAAAAAAGGGGACCCAGUUUGAAUGGACGCCACAAGCAGAGACCGCCUUCCUUCGAUUAAAAGAACAUCUGCACACUCUACCGCGGCUAGUCAGCCCCCUCUCAGGAGAAGUUCUGUAUCUGUACCUAGCCAUCUCAGAGUACGCACUAAGUGCCGUCUUGCAUACAGAAAGGGAUGGAACGCAACUACCUAUCUACUUCGUCAGCCACAUGUUGCAGAAUGCCGAACUCAAAUAUCCAACUGUUGAAAAAUUCGGCUUCGCUCUGUUCUUGGUUAGUAAGAAGCUUCGUUCAUACUUCCUGGCUCAUCGGCUGAUAGUGUACAUGAAUCAACCUCUAAAACGGCCAUUUACCAAUCUGGAAGCGUCCGGAAGAAUGCUCAACUGGGCAAUUGAGCUUAAUGCAUUUGAUAUUUCGUAUGAGCCGCGGAAGGCAAUAAAGGGACAGGCAUUUGCUGACUUCAUUGCGGAACUAACUAGGCCAUCCUAUUUGAAGAAUGAAAAAACUCAAUGGGUAGUUCACGUGGACAGCUCUGCUACCCAAAAUGGGUCGGGAGCCGGCAUUAUCUGCGAAUCACCAGAAGGGGAUGUCUAUGAAUAUGCCAUACGUUUUAACUUUCAGGCGUCAAAUAACGAAGCUGAAUACGAAGCCCUGAUAUGUGGAAUUCAGAUGAGCAAAGCAACAGGGGCGGCAGACGUCCUGGUUUUAUCUGACUCACAGUUAAUCGUCAGUCAAGUAGAGGGAGAAUAUGAGCCCAAGGAUGACGCCAUGAUAAAAUAUAUGGAAAAGGUCCGCCAGGAAAUUCAGCAGCUGUCUAACUUUGAGAUACAACAUAUACCCCGGUCUGAAAACAACAAAGCAGACGCUCUAUCCAAACUAGCAAGCUCAGCAUCCUGCGAUACGCCACGUCAUGUGUUUUGGGAAGUAAAACAGCUCAAAAGCAUUGACGCCUCGAGGACAGACAUCCUAGACCGAACAGCCACCUGGAUGGAUGAUAUUGCAGAAAGAUUACAAAGGAAAAGUACCUGGUUCGAGAUAUGGAAUGGGACUCUAUACAAAAAAUCUUUCUCGCGGCCUCUUCUUCGCUGCGUAACCCUCGAGAAGGGGCAUGAAGUACUGGAAGAUCUUCAUCAGGGAUUAUGCAGCUCUUACAUAGGAGGGAGGGCUCUGGCAGAAAAAGCCCUAAGAACCAGAUACCAUUGGCCCACUCUCAAAGAAGACGCUCUUGACUUGGUUAAGCGGUGUGAUAAAUGUCAACGAUUUGCUCAUCUAAUUCGACGGCCAGCACAGAGACUGACACCAAUCACUAGCCCUAUACCAUUUGCCAAAUGGGGGAUGGACUUAUUAGGCCGUUACACGACGACACCAGGAGGAUUGCGUUAUGUGAUAGUUGCCGUCGACUAUUUCACCAAAUGGGUAGAAGCAGAAGCUUUGAAAAACACUAAGGCUCAAGAUGUGAGAUCAUUCAUCUGGAAAAACAUCAUCACAAGAUUCGGCGUGCCUCAGUCUAUUGUCUUUGACAACGGGCCACAAUUCAAGAAGCCCAAAUUGGAAGAUUGGUUGGCUGACCAUGACGCCAAUUGGGAAAUGAUGAAAGCGGCCCUGGAUUUCUUGCCAGAAACAAGAGGAAACGCGGCUCUGCGCCAGUAG